AUGGGAUCCAAGGAUGAUCUUGAACGAACAUUAAUGCAAUCAACAUUUGGAGAAAUUCCAGUUGAAGAUCUUCCAUCAGAAUUCGUACUUCGUCAUCAACAUUCUAAUUUCUUGUUUGACAAAGAGUACAAUGAAAUUCCACAUUUUCCAAUGAAUGCGGUUGCUAGUACGAAAAAAGGGAAUGAAUUCAAAAACAGAUACAACGAUAUUCGCGCAUUCGAUGAAACACGUGUGAAAUUGACACAAAUUAGAGGAGACGAACACUCGGACUACAUCAAUGCAAACUUCAUUAAAAGUUGGAAAGAGAAGAAGUUGUUUAUUGCUGCACAGGCACCAGUUGAAGCAACGAUUGGCGAUUUUUGGAGAAUGAUUUGGGAACAGGAGUCGCUUUUAGUGGUGAUGGUUGCUAAUUUAACUGAAAAGGGCCGGGAGCAGUGUGUAAAGUAUUGGCCCGAUGAAGAAAUGAAACGAUAUGGGGAUAUCAUUGUGAAACCUUCUACUGUUUCAGUUUAUUCGGAUUAUGCUGUUCGUGCAUUUGGUAUUGCUCACAUUGAUGACUGUGAAUCUGAUGUAAUUCCAACUGAAAAAGUUCGCUGUGUUCUCCAGUAUCAUUUCACAAACUGGCAUGACUUUAAAGCGCCUGAAUGUUCAACAGGUUUACUUCGAUUCAUGUACAUUCUCAGAGAGCUGACACAGUUCAAUACUUCGCCAGUUGUCAUUCACUGCAGUGCUGGAGUUGGUCGUACUGGAACAUUCAUUACAAUUGAUUCGAUGUUAGAUCAAUGUCUUGCCGAAGGAAAAGCCAAUGUAUUUGAUUUCGUAUGCAAUCUACGUCGUCAGAGAAACUUGAUGGUUCAUUCGAUUGAACAAUACGUGUUCAUUUAUAAAGCAUUGGCAGAAUGGCAUAUGUAUGGAUAUACUGAUAUGGAUGUUCAUUCUUUUGAAGAUCACUAUAAUCGAUUGUGUAGAGCUGUUAGUUUCAAUCAAUCCUCAUCUGGAAAUGAAUCGAUUGCAACAUCUAGUAGUGAAACUGGAUUGGAAGAGGAAUUCAAGAAACUGGAACGUAAUUUGUCAACAUCUCUCACCUCGAACUUCGCUGCAAAGGAUGAAAAUAUUCUAAAAAAUCGGUUUGAAGCGGCCGUUCCAUAUGACGAUUAUCGAGUAGCCCUUCCUCAAAUCAUUGGACAUUCCGACUCAUCCUAUAUCAAUGCAUCACAUAUCAAAGGUUACUUUUAUGAUUACAUCGCUGCUCAAGAUCCAGUAUCGGCAGCUACAGUUUUCGAUUUCUGGAGAAUGGUAGCUGAUCUAAAAGUGAAUACAAUUGUUAUGUUAAGUAACGAAAAUGAUUGGAGUGAACAAGAGAAGUACUGGCCACUCGAUGGACCUGGUACUGAAAGACACUUCCAAGACGGACGAAUUGCAGUUGAUGUUAUCUUUAAUUCUGUGGAACAACAUCAAGAUUUUAUUAUCCGAAAUCUUGCAUACACAAUGAAAGACUCAGAUAUAACGUGUCAAAACCAAGACGUUAUUCAAUACUGUUAUACUGCUUGGCCGGCUGAUUCACUCGUACCAAAAUCAUCGAAUAGCAUGAUGAAUCUGAUCAGUUUGGUUUUGCAGAGACAGAGUAAUUUGAUUGAAUCUCGAGCUCCAAUUGUUGUCCAUUGCAGAAAUGGAUCAUCAGAGACAGGAAUUUUUAUCUGCAUUUCUUUACUUUUACUGCGACAAAAAGCCGAACAACGGAUAGACAUCUUCCAAACAGUCAAAGGACUUCAAUCCCACCGUCCGAUGAUGUUCACCCGUUUCGAGCAGUAUUCUUUCUGCUACAGUGCUCUUGCUGAUUUUAUCUCCAAGACAUUGUAA